AAUAUUUAUUAACAUCGUUUAGCUUUCAAUUUCAUCUAGGAGGUGGAGCUUACUAAGCAGAAGUAAAAAAAUUGAGAUAAAUUCAAAGCAACUGAUUUAGCAACUCUUUGUUCAGUCAUUGAGCUCUGUGACAUUUGGAUUAGGAGCAGGUUUAACUAUCAGAUCUUUUAUAGUUACAAAAAAAGCAAAAAAAAAGCAAAUAAACAACAAAAUGGAUAUUUUUACCCAGAAGAGGAGGUUUGGAUAUUAAUUACAUUGUUGAUCACUCAGAUUACUGGUGAAAGCUCACUGGACUCCUUGGUGCUCUGGAGGAGCGGCACUAAUCACUACACCAUUGUGAUAAUGCAGACACAGUUUAUUCACUGGUGUGCUGGUUUUCAUCUGCAUACAAACUCUUCUGACUGCCCGUUUGGUGAGUGGAGUUGUCUUGAUGACUUGACCCAUUAUCCAAGAAUUGUGAGGUGCAGCUUCAUCUUGUGAUGUUUGGGUUGGCUGUAGCUGGCAUGCUCCUUUGAACCCAGGAUAUUAAUGGUCAUAGUCUGAGGAUGAACUGGGCAAAGAGGACACAAAACAACAGAGGUCUCAUAACCAGGGCAUUCCUGUUUUGAAAGCACAUUACCUAGAUAUUUAAUUCCAAGAAGAAGAGGUUAGGCCAUCAGUCAAGCUGAGAAUCACUAAAUCACAGGCUUGGUCAAAUUCACAAAAAGAACUUUGUGCUAAACAAACACCAGACAACAGAUGCAGGCAUCAAGAAUUUUAGAGAGGAAACAAAUAAGCAAGAACAAGAACAAAGCCAUGAAAGCUCCUAGACCCAAAAGGCUCAAAUGUUAAAUAGCAUAAUAAAGAGGAAGAGAGGGCCAAGGCAACAUGGACACAAAUAACAGAUUAAAUACUGUGAAAAAGAGAGUGAUCAGCUGCAAGCAGGAAAGUACUGAUUCCUAAAAAGUACUGGAACAAAACAAGACAGUGAAAUUAUGAUGUAUCAAAAAUCAAGCAUGUCAAGUUAUAUGAAAAUAUUACUGUUGUUUGUUAUUGUCAUGAGUCUGGGGGCUAUUUAUAAAAUAUGGCCAGUGUAUAUUUUUGAAAACCUCUUGUCUCCAAGUAGAAAAACCAUGGAUAUUAAUGAAAUGUUGUUUGCUGUACCAGUCGAUACCAAACUCAGUUCCACCACCAGACUAUUGAAUAAAGAUGUUAGUGCAGCAGAAGAGGAACAGCUCAACGAGGCACUUGCAUGGCCUGCCCCUGAGGAGCCGUUGUCAUUUGAAAACUCCACUGAUCCAAGAACUUGUUCCUGUUUCAUUAAGAAUUUAAAUAAAACCUACUUUGUUGGGGACACAUUGGAAGUGAUUCUGGUGGCAAGAGAUCAGCUUGGCAACCCAAAACGCUACGGAGGUGACUUUUUCCAGGCAAAGAUUCAUUCUCCGGAACAGAAGGCCAGCACCUAUGGCACAGUGGUGGACCACAAAAAUGGGAGUUACACAGCAAAAUUCAUACUUUUAUGGUCGGGCAAUGCUCAGGUCUCCAUCCGUCUGAUCCACUCUAGCGAGGCAGUGGCAGUAAUCAGGAAGCUGCGGGAGUCUGAUCCACACAAAGUUUUUUUCUAUGGUUACUUUGAGCAUGGGAAGAAAUCAGAGAAAACUGUAUGUAAUAUACUAGAGACUAAAGAAAAUUGCUGCUGCGCCUAUGUAGAUCCGAUUACACAAGACACCUGGUACUGUGGUCGGCCCCCCACCCUGACAUGUGACAAGUUAAAAUCUCAUAGCAUGGGGGGAUACAAAGCAAAGUUAUCCAAAAGUGAUGAGAAUUUUCUACGUGCGACUGUAACUAACAUUGAAGUACCGGAGAGCAAAAUACAAAUUCACAUUACUCAAAAGAGUAUCACACUAGACCUCAAGAAAUGCACACCAGGGAUGAAAGUUCCUGUGCCGGCUGGAUUCUACCUGCAGGACCACUGGACGUCAUUUGUAUGCUCCACUAAGACUUUCAGCCAGGUCAGCCAAGUAACCAGUUGUUUGAGGAAGAAGAACAUCUACAUGAUGGGAGAUUCCACACUGCGCCAGUGGUUUGAGUACUUGGUGCAGUUUGUGCCUUCUAUAAAACGCCUGGACAUGCAGACAUCUGAUAAGUCUGGACCGUUUUUGGCAGUGGACUCUGAGAACAAUAUUGUUAUGAGGUGGCGAGCUCAUGGUGUACCUAUCCGAACCUCUAAGACAAUAUUUGCCGAUCUCCACUACAUUUCUAAUGAGAUUAGGAAUUUGGGAGGAGGUCCUAAUGUAGUAAUCGUCUUCAAUCUGUGUGCCCACUUCACCACACUCCCAGUGCACACUUACAUCCAACGGGUCUCCAGAAUCCGAAAUUCUAUAGUAGAAUUGCUGCAGCGAAGCCCAGAGACCACAGUCAUCAUCAAAACUGCAAACACUGGUUAUAAAGAUGUCUAUGGGAGUGACUGGCUCACCCUGCAGCUUGACACAGUCUUGAGGAAGAUGUUUGAAGGCAUUGCAGUGGUGAUUAUCGAUGUUUGGCAGAUGACUUCCUGCCACUACUCAGGAGAAAAUAUACACCCGGGGAAAACUGUGAUCCAGAAUGAAGUUGACAUGUUCCUGUCCUUUCUGUGUCCAGCGUGAUAACUGCUGCUCAAUGUAAUGUUAUACUUAGGUUAAAAAAAUCUAAAAUUCUACCCUACUUUAAUGAGCACCAACUCAUUUUUGUUGUGAUGUUGAUAAACUGCUCCCUGUAAACCUAAAAUGUUUUGGAAACAUAAUUAACACAACCUUUAGUAAGUAGGAUUCUGUAAUGAUGCACAGGAUUGAUCACUGAGACAGUAAAAAUUGUUCAAGAUAAAAGAAUGUAUUUCUUGUGUUUAGCUAUAUUUUUGUACCAGUACAAACACUGAAAGCAGAAGUGAAGCAAAUAAAUUAAGUAAACUGUUGAGGUUGUAAGAAGCUUUUCAACAUAGUGAUCAUACGAAACUAUGCAUUUGCACUUUUCCUCUGGAAUACUGUAAAAUUAUUGCAAUGCUGCGAGAGAACAACAACAUUGAAUGCACAAAUCAAUCUGACUGAAAUGUUAUUCCAUACUGCACAACAAAGAAUUUAGAAUUUAGGCAAACCAUUUGUUAUAAAUGAGAAGGGUGAAUGUUCAUUACUUUAGCGAUAUGAUUAAAAUGUAUCUGCUACUAACUAUCCUUCAAUUUAAAAAAAUUCUGAAACAAGAAUCCAAAUGAAGCAGUAACAUAGGUUAAAAGUUAUGGUGGUGUCCUGCCUUAAAAAAAUGAGAAAACUGGGAGGAGAGGCAAAGUCAAAAAAACAAAGUGAAGAUCAGAAAUACUAUCAACCAAAGCCAAAACACAAAGUAAAAUUCAUAGUCAUAGUCAGAUGGAACCGAAAGUUAUGUCAUCAGAGCACACCCGGAAGUGACAUUGUCUGCGAGAGUCGGAAGCGGAAAUGAUGCAUCGGAAGAGGAGCUAUUUUGGGAAUCUGACUACUACUCGGUGAGUCGGUUGGUUUAUUGUUUUUCUUCAUGAAUUCUGAAGAAAAAAGGCAACAGGCGUUAAUACCCGAUACAACCCCCUUGUCUAAUGAACUUUCACUCACCUCUGGGCUUGUUGGCUGCCUCCUAAGUGCACGUGUGUGACAACCUAA